AAACAGAAAAUCACUAUUGGCCUUGAGAUAAACUAGAUCAGUCUGUUGUCUUCUGAUAGAUAGGUCUUGUCAUAAUUGUUGUGUUAUUGCUUUCAGUAAUGUGAGUUUAUUAUAGGAUUAUUCUUUAUGAAUGGUAUUUUGAGUUCAUUACUUAGCAGUGGAAGGUUUAAAGAGUUUCCAUGUUACGUUUCAAUAUUUACCAUUCAGUCAUAGUCUUGGGAGCUUCGGCUGUUGGAGUUAUAAUCGUUAAUCUGAUAUGGAAAAAGAAAAAUUGCGCAAAUAAGGAUUUAUCAAAUGAAAGGAACACUGAGAAACUUCCUUCAAACUGGAGGCGAGUCGGUGAAGUGAGCGAAUUAAUGAUUUACCCCGUGAAAUCUGCUAAAGCACAUCAUCUUGUGAAGGCUAGGUGUGCUGCGCUGGGACUUGUUGAUAGUGCAAACCCCCUUAUACAGCUUCGAGAUAGAGAAUUCAUAGUGUACGACCAAGAAAAAAAGAAGGCAGUCUCAGGUCUUGUAAACACAAAGAUUACUCUCUUGGAAUCUAAGGUUGAAGAUGAUACAACAAUCAGACUGUCAUUUCCAGAGAGAGAAGACUUCUACCUCAAACUACCAAAAAACAAAUUGGACUUAGUUAAAUUAGAUCGUUGGUGGGGAGAGGUGGUAUCAGCAGUCGACUGUGGUGAUGAGGUUGCUUGUUGGCUCUCCGAAGCAAUCCUCGGCCCGUCUCGCAGCGGUCUCAGACUCGGCCACUUUUCUCAACCUUCCGUGACUUUGCGGACUGUAGCCAAUGGUUGGACAUCUUUUGCCAAAGUCUACCCUAGACUUCGUGAUGAAUACUUGGGAGCAUAUUCCUACAUGGCUAGUUACCUGAUAGUGUCAGAGAAUUCUGUGGAAGACCUCAAUAAAAGACUCGAAUCUCCUGUGACACCAAGCCACUUCAGAGCCAAUAUCGUGGUGAAAGGCAACAAACCGUACAGCGAGGACCAAUGGGAUUGGAUCAAAAUAGGGGAUAAAGUGAUCAUGAGGGGCUUCAAGCCUUGUACGAGGUGUGUAAUUGUAGCGAUAGACCCUAAAGAUGGGAAGAUGGACCCUAACUUUGAGCCACUCCGCACCCUAAAAAAGUACAGACAGAUUGCAGACCCUGAUGAGAGAGAAUUGGCUGGCCAAGGGAAUGAACCAGUGUUUGGACUGUACACAGGACUACACCAUACUGGAUCUGUGAUGAUAGGAGAUCCUGUAUAUGUUGGUGUGUAAAUGUAACCAGCAGUAUUGGUAAUAACUAACUCUUACAGUCUUUAAAAACCAAUAUUACUUAUGACUUGUCA